AUGACUUCCACAGAAUCGAGCAGUGAGAAAACUGUGGUCCCUGGCAUUAGCAAUGCGGAGUUCGUAAAGCUCUGCGGCUUCCGUACCAACGCGACCGGCUCCGAGCUCGCAGAGCUGGCGCGGAAGCUUACCGGAGGGGGAAGCUAUAUCAACAAGUCUGUAAUUGGCCAUCCCAGUCUGACGUUCGAGCCGUUUUACUUCUUCUUCUACGGCUCGCUCCAAGCCGAGAAGACCUUGAUGCGCGCGUGUCGCCUGACGGAUCCCAACCUAACCCUAAUCCCCGCCUCCAUCACAGGCUGGAAAGUCAUGAUGUGGGGCCGAUACCCGUCGUUGAUUCCGGCAGAAGGCAACGAGGUGAAAGGGAUGUGUUGGAAGUGCGAGAAGCCCAAGCACGUCGCGCUUCUGCGUUUCUACGAGACCGACGCCUACCGCAUGGAGUUCUGCAAGAUCACCACGGGCACGGGCGGGGUGAUCGAGAACGGGCGGGUUUUCGUGUCGGCGGUCCCGGAGGAUUUGGUUGAGGGGACCUUUGACCUUUUGUCGUACAUUGGUAGCUACAACAACUCUUAA